AUGCUGUGGCUUAAACGCCUCAAUCCGAUGAUCAACUGGGAAACUGGUAACUUUUGGUUUGGUAAAGACGCCAAAUGGCCACCGAAACCCACCGUCGAAGAUGCACCAGAUGAAGAAGUUUCAAUUUUCAAGGAAGAUGGACUCCCAGAGUUAAUCACCACCGAAACUUCCCCUACCUCGUUUGGGCAUUUGGAAUCUAUUAGUGAAAUCAUGGCCGAUAACACUGAGCGUGGCGAGUUACCCGCAGUGCGGAAUAAUACCGAACCAGAUGACCCACCAUCAGAACCCCCUAUGGAUCAGCUCAAUGACGACGAUCUAGUUAUAUCCUAUAUCGCAGGAGAGCCAGUUAUUGGGAUAUUUGAACCCAUCAGGAAGGAGUCACCUUUGAUGAAUGAAGAGACUGAAACUGCAGUCUUCACCAUACGAAGAGGCCCCGCCAUUGGAAGAAUGACACACAAAUUGGCACAACAGGCACACAAGGAAGCAUCAGCUGUAGACAAACCUAAAACCGUCGAGGAGUUGGUCCCCAACUACCUCCACGAUUUGAAGUCCGUCUUUGAAAAGAAAGCAGCUGAACGCUUUCCAGAAAUCAGGCCUUGGGACCACGCCAUUGAUUUGAAACCCGAUUUUAUUCCACAUGACUGUAAAGUCUAUCCGUUAUCGCUCAAAGAACAAGGAGCGAUGGAUGACUUCCUGGAAGAAAAUCUACGAAAAGGAUACAUCCGACCGUCGAAAUCUCCCAUGGCUUCACCAUUUUUCUUCGUAGGAAAGAAAGACGGAGCACUACGUCCCUGUCAGGAUUACCGAUACCUGAAUGAAGGGACGGUGAAGAACGCCUAUCCUCUUCCGCUCAUCUCUGACCUUAUGGAUCAAUUCAAAGGCGCAUCGAUCUUUACGAAAAUGGAUUUACGCUCCGGAUAUAACAAUGUCAGAAUCAAAGAUGGUGACCAAUGGAAGGGCGCAUUUAAGACAAAUCGCGGACUUUUCGAACCUAUGGUCAUGUUCUUUGGACUCUGCAACUCCCCGGCGACUUUCCAAAUGAUGAUGAACGCACUCUUCAAGGACAUGAUCGAUGAGGGAUGGAUAGUCAUUUACAUGGAUGAUAUCCUCAUCUUCUCAAACAAUUUGGAAGAACAUCACGUUCGAACCCGACACGUACUCCAACGACUCAAAGACAACGACUUAUUCCUUAAACCGGAAAAGUGUUUCUUUGACGUUAAAGAAGUCGAAUUCCUAGGCAUGAUCAUUCGAGAAAACUACAUUGGCAUGGACCCUAUCAAACUUAAAGGAAUUGCAGAAUGGCCUGAACCAAGCACGGUAAAAGGUGUUUGCUCUUUCCUAGGAUUUGGAAACUUCUAUCGGAAGUUUAUUGCCAACUUCUCGGAUAUUGCCAAACCAUUGACGAAUCUUACGCGCACUGCCGCUGGAUCUCCACCUUUUAAUGGACAACAGAAUGUCAGACAGCUUUCGACACAUUGA